AGUACGCUUGUCGGCCACACGGGGCGCCCCGGUACUAACCCGUUUCUUCGCUUCCUUGUGGAGUCUUGGUGCUGCCGCUGCUGGUAGUUUAUGCGAGGAACUCCCGAACUAUUUCGGUAACCCGUUAUAACGGUCGACAUGGCGACCGAGGAAAUUAUUAAGCGUUUCCUUAAGAAAAGAUGAAGAUAGCAAAUACUCGGUUUCAGGUUUCACACUAUGUGCUGAUCACCCGGGACGUGUGAAUUUAUUUAAGAACUCCUGUGUUGAGAAGAUUUUUUGAUUCCAGUGGAAUCUUCCAUUUUUUUCUCAUCUCCUGCUUUCCCAUUUUGUUAAAUGACACACCCAACCACACAUACACACGUGCACUCACCUAGGAGAAACCCCCCUACCCUUUUUUACAUGUAGAAGACCCUUGCUACGAUGCCUGUACAAGCUCCACAAUGGACAGAGUUUUUACUGUGCCCCAUAUGCACCCAAACGUUCGAGGAGACGGUGCGUCGACCCAUCAGUCUAGGUUGCGGCCACACCGUUUGCAAAAUGUGCCUGAACAAGCUGCACCGCAAGGCCUGUCCCUUCGACCAGACGGCCAUCAACACUGACAUUGAGCAGUUGCCCGUCAACUCUGCCCUGUUACAGCUGGUCGGUGGUCAGGUGCCCAAACAGCAACCUGUGGCACUCAUUACCUGUCCAGAGGACACCAAGCAUUAUGAGGAGGCACGGCAGUGUGUGGAGGAGCUUGCCCUCUACCUCAAACCCCUCAGCAAUGCACGAGGGGUGGGGUUAAGCAAUGCUGCUCAGAGCAUGCUGAGCCGCCCAAUGCAGAGGAAGCUGGUGACUCUGGUGCACUGUCAGCUGGUGGAAGAGGAAGGUAGGGUCAGGGCCAUGCGGGCGGCCCGUUCUCUGGGUGAAAGAACUGUUACAGAGCUCAUCCUGCAGCACCAAAACCCCCAGCAGCUCUCAUCCAACCUGUGGGCUGCUGUCAGAGCCAGAGGCUGCCAGUUCCUGGGUCCAGCUAUGCAGGAAGAGGCACUAAAGCUGGUACUGUUGGCCUUGGAAGAUGGAUCUGCUCUUUCCAGGAAAGUUCUGGUCCUGUUUGUGGUCCAGAGACUUGAACCAAGGUUUCCUCAGGCCUCUAAAACCAGUAUUGGACAUGUAGUUCAGCUCCUCUAUCGUGCCUCAUGCUUCAAGGUGACAAAGCGAGACGAGGACUCGUCACUAAUGCAAUUAAAAGAGGAGUUCCGCACAUAUGAGGCACUGCGGCGGGAGCACGACUCUCAGAUUGUUCAGAUCGCCAUGGAGGGAGGCCUACGCAUCGCCCCCGAUCAGUGGUCCUCUCUGCUUUAUGGAGAUCAGUCCCACAAGUCCCACAUGCAAUCUAUUAUUGACAAGCUGCAAACGCCAGCAUCGUUUGCUCAGAGCGUACAGGAGCUGACCAUUGCACUGCAGAGGACGGGUGACCCCGCCAACCUCAACCGACUAAGACCUCACCUCGAGCUGCUCGCUAACAUCGACCCCAGUCCGGAUGCUCCUCCUCCUACUUGGGAUCAGCUAGAGAAGGGGCUGGUAGCAGUAAAGACGGUGGUGCAUGGGCUGGUGGAUUUCAUCCAGAACCACAGUAAGAAGGGUGCUGACACGCAGCAGCCACCCCAGCACAGCAAGUAUAAAACAUACAUGUGCAGAGACAUGAAGCAGAAAGGAGGCUGUCCCAGAGGAGCCAGCUGCACCUUUGCCCACUCUCAGGAGGAGCUGGAAAAGUACCGUAAAAUGAACAAACGUCUUGCCGCACGGUUGCCCUGCACUCCUGGUCUGCUUCCUGAAGAUGUGGUUUCAUUAGACCCCGGACGGAAGUCCCUUACCAAUGGAAUUGGUGGUCCUCUUCCCCAGCUCAUCCCCAGAGGCACAGAUCCCUCUAAUUAUGAACUCUUACUCAAACCCAAGAUGGAUGCCACUAGCCUCAGCGCUCCUGGGUCACCACCUGACUCGGCAGAGCACUUACCCAUGUCUAAGCAGUUGCCAGUUGUUUCCAGAGGUGCUCCACAGAUGUAUCCUCAACAACAACCUGAGCUUUUCUACUCGGAGCCACCUAGACAUCCAAACUCAGGAUCUCAGUAUGAUGCUCAAUAUCCACCAGGCAACCCCUACCCAUACCAGCCUCCGCAGUAUGUAUCUCCCCGUUACAUCCGUAACCCACCUCCACCUGGCGAGUCAGCAGUGUCCCCCUACCCAGAGCCCUACCCUGGUUACGGCCCAGACCGCCAAUAUCAGAGCCACCAUUCCGGUCCUCCUUUCUCAACCCACCCCUACGCACCUCCCUCUCAUUACAGCCGCAGACAUGGACAUUAUCCUGCACCCCCACCUCAAUUUGCACCUCCCCGAGAUGACUUGGUGAGGAUGAGCCCUGUUCCUUUGGAUGUUCCUCCAGCCUCUAUGCCUCCACCUCAAGGAGGGGCCGCAGGAUCUCUGUACCACCCCCAGGAGUCUUCAUCACGCGACAGAUACCCACAAGAUGGGUACUAUCCCACUGGACCACACCCCAGCCAAAUGAGAUCCCACAUGAGAGACCCGUACAGUCGUUCUCAGCCCAGUCUGGAUGAUUUGCACCGCAGGCGUAAGGAGCUGCUGGUCCAGCUGGAGGAGAGAAAAGUCAUCUCUCCCCCACCCUUCGCUGCCUCCCCAACUCUCCCCACACACCCUUUCCCCAACGACUACCCUCAGGAGUAUUUAGAAGAUGGCUCAAAACCCUUUGGAAGUCGGGAGCCAGAGUACGCUGGGCAGUAUUCCCCCUGGUCAUGUGAUACAAUAGGAUCAUACAUUGGCUCCAAGGAUGCUAAACCAAAAGAUAUCAGUAGCGCUGUGCAGAUGAUGAACGCAGAGGGAAAGGUUCUGCGCGAGCCUCCGCUAGACAGCCAGCGACGCUCCGCAGAAGCCAAAGAUGACGAUCCCAUCAUUCCUUUCGGCCCUUUGCCCACAGUUUCCCCCUUUGGUGCCAUUUCGCGCACAUCUAAAACGGGUUAUCAGACCACUGGGCCAAUACAGGCCAUGGCUUCUUCACAGGCCUCCAGCUCCAAACAUAUGACAAUGACAGCCGACUAUUCGUAUGGAAACCACAGCGGGUGGGGCGGAGCGUCGUACGCCCCGCACCAGAGCAUGAACACUCAGGGACACUUCAGCGAGCGUAUGCCCGUGUCUGGCCCUGACCGCGAGCAGCUCAAGAUCGAGCUCCAGCAAGUCAACCAACAGAUAAGUCAGCAGACCCGUGGCAUGGAGGCUGCCAGUAACUCCAUGCUCCUGCAGAGGGAGGCGUGUGCAUUGGCGUCCCAGCCAGCGGCACCGGUGAAAUGGUCUACAGGUGCCGUGGUGUCCAGUGAGCAGCUCAACCUAGAAUUGCAUCAUGUGGAGCGAGAGAUCGGAAAGAGGACCCGUGAAAUCGCCAUGGAGAAUCAGGUGGCACAUGAAUACAAAAUGAAGGCCACUGAGAAUGGGCAGCCUGACCAUAAAGCCCAGCUGGAGGAACUCUCUUUAGCACUGGGUGAGGUGUCUAAUGGAUCCAGUGGCAUGAAGCCAGCCAGUGGGGUGGGUGGAUCUAUGCUGUCGCUGACCAAUAAGACGUCUUCUCUCACCCUCUGCUCUGCUGACCAAUCAGCAAGUAGCUCAGACCUUCAGAAGAAUGGUGUUGUUCACUCUUGCUCUUAAGAGUGUUAAUUACACAAUAAUAUCCUCUUUACUUCCAAUGGUCAGUAUUCUUUUUUGAGGGGGCUUUGAAACACCUUGACUUAUUGGAACGGGAGGAGAAGCAGGGCGGAAGACGUCGAGAUGAUGUGUUUUUAAUAUUCAAACAGAGCACGCUGAUAUGAGGAACACACACACGCACACACACCUGCAUGCUGCUACAUGCAUGCACACACACAAACUUUUGUUGUUUUAUUUAGAAAAAUGAGCAGUAUCUGCCGUGAUAUAAAUUUUCUUUCUUUUUGUUCUGUGAAUGAGCUUUUUGUUUUAAACGACUUCUCAUCACCUGGAAACCAGGGCAUCUGAAUAAUGUUUUUGCAGUUUUCCCCGGAUAUCAACAGUAAACCCAAAGCUAGCACGAAGAAGCCGACACAAAUUUGAUUUAAUUACCGAAAUGGGGGGCGAUGCAGUUGGGGCUCGGUUGAAACGUUUAAACUCCUUGGAUCCCUGCAGCCUUGAAUAUGAUCUGACUCACCAGGUGUAAAGUAGCACGGAGAACCUAUUAUGAAUCCAUUUUUAUGGACCGUUAACAUGGGACUCCCCACACAACAUACAUACAACCGUGGCAGUGUAUCGCUGUAAAACAGUUAGAUUGAGCUCUGAAUAACACAAAGGGAAAGAUAUAAAUAUAUAUAAUCAGUUGUCAGAUUAUGUUUAAUUUAUGGUUUGGCUAUAUAACUGUUAAGGAUUUGUACAUGUAUGGGAAAACGUGUCGUGAGCGUUCCGUUUUAUAGAACGCAAACAAAUGUCUUUAAAAAUGAGCACUUUUUUCCAUGUUUUUCCAUGAGUGUGUGCUUUUCAGUAGGGGAGGUUCAACACUUCAGGUCCCUUGUGUUCUUCAGAGCUUUGUGGUCUGGGAUGAAAUUAUUUUUUGUCUCUUAGCGCCACAGUUGUUUUGUAAGAUUACAGCCUAUUAGGAAAAAUUUCAUCAGUUUUCCCUAACUUCUGUGAAGUUGCGUAUUUGGCUUUACUGGUUGAGUUUGCAUAUUCAGGCGUACCGCUGCAAGGAAACCUACCAGGGCAGAUAGUUUCAACAACAGCCGAGUUACAGUUUUGAAAGAGAAAUUUGCAUAUGAAUUCCAAUAAAAAUUCUGUUGGCUUUCCAGACAGGCGUUUAUACUAGAUUAGCUAUUUAAUGUUUUUUUAUUUUAAUUAAAUAGAACUGUAAUGACCUAUUUGUUGGUUCGAUUUGUUUAAAAUCAAUCAUCUGGAAAUAUUUACGAAUUUUGGCCGAGAGCAGGAAAAAAGUCUAAAUGGUUGUAAUAUGCAAAUUAUUGCAUCGAAUUAAAUGCAACCAUUUAUGUAAGAACUUUUACGAACUACUUCCACACAAUUCAUUCUGCUCGAGUUUAACAAAUGAGGUCCAAUGAUUUUGAUCACCUAGCUUCGACCUAAAACGAUAGUUCGCCUAAAAAUGAAAAUUCUGUCAUUUAAUACAUCCUUAUGUUGUUCUAAGCCUACGAGUUUUUUUUUUACAGAAAAAUAUUUUGAUAAUGCACAUAGGUGCUGUAUUGACUUCCAUAGUAGGAAAACAAAUAUUAUGGAAAUAUUGUGAUAAAUGAUGAAGAUAUUUUGAUAAACAAUGGUAAGCACACAGUUAAUGGUACCCAUUGACUUCCAUCGUAUUUGUUUUUCCUACUAUGGAAGUCAAUGGUUACAAUCAGCUGUGUGCUUACCAUCAUUUAUCAAAAUAUCUUCUUUUGUGUUCAUCAGAAAUUCAUACAGGUUUAGAACAUCAUGACCGAAUUUUCAUUUUUAGGUGAACAAUCCCUUUAAAUGUGUCUGUUUUAAAACGAUGCCCCGUACGAGAACAAGAUUAUUUGAAGUCUUCCUAUAGUGAUGACAUUCUUCACGUGUGACAUUUUGUUCUAGUCUCUUGAGACCGACUAUGAUAUACAGCUCCGAUUUUGGGUGCAACCUCUUAACAUGUAAUCUUUGUCGUUUUUGUGCUCUAGUCGUGAUGAUAGUUCAUUUCUCCUAUUUUGAUGACUUGUAGUCAUGGUCAUUCGAUGUUAUUGCUCGUGCAGAGCGCGCACAGACUUUUCACGCAAUCGUCAAGAUUGAAGUCGAGCUGUGCUGACACGCAGAGAUGACGUCAACCUUUCUAAUGAGCUUUAAAAUUAUCGUGAUGUCCAUCACGCGUAGCCGUUUCUCCAGAAAGUCACCUUUAUCGAUGCUAAAUUGUUACGUCCUCGUUCUCUUUAACAAGGAAAUUCGAAUAGUAAAGUUUUUCAAAAGACCUAGUUCAUGCCUUGACUGAUAUUUAAUGCUUUUUGGUACAACUACUGCCCCCAAUUAGACCCCCAAUCAAAAUCUGCUCGUAAGGUUCUACGCUUUGUUGUAGCAUGUACUUGGGUCAAUUUCACUAAAACAUAUUUCGUCCCAAGAUCCCUAAUGAAAAAUUUAAACUUUUUGCAUAAUGGAAGUUGAUCUUAUUUUUAAGACCAUCAAGGAUGUUACAUUAUUUAACGACUGUUCUUAUUACCGUUAUGCAUAUGGACAUUAAACUUUGUAAUUUCCAUUAUUCUCAAUGGGGAUUGCAUUAUUGGAAAAAUAUUGUUUCUUAAUGUACAUCAUAAUACGGUACCAGAAGUACAUAAACAUAAUGUUUUAUUACAAUAAUAAGAAUAGCAUUUUUUUUCUGGUUUUGUGUGAAAUAAGUCUUUAGACAACUUGUGAGGUUGACCCAACCGCUAGUUUUGAAUUACUUUUACGAGCCACCUCACCCAUCCCAUUUGCGUUAAGUUUACUGUUGAAGUACAUUAAUGAAUUGCGUUCUUUUAAAGAGAAUAGCACUCACUGAAUUUAAUUUACAUGCAAACGGGGAAUUUCGCACUUCUCAAAUUUGCAUAGGAUACGUUUAAAUCCAAUGACUACCAUCAGUACUUCACUAAACUUAACACGCUCCAUUAGCAUUGGAAUUUUUGCGGUUCUUGUUAGGUGGACGUGCUAGCAUGACGAGCAUUCUGUUUCACAAUGCUAACUGCUGCUACGACAGUUAAACAGAGCCUGACACGUUAGCCAGCGCUUGCCUGGUGUGCUGAUAUUUUCCGUUUGGCUUUCACGGAGUGCCCAAUGUUGUAUUACAGUAAGCAUUCUCGAGUGACGCACUGCCAGGAUGCUUUUUUAUUUUAAUCUUUUGGAUUAUAUGGGAAUGUGCUAUCUUGUAUUUAAUAUUUAGCACUUGCUUGGGUGCUGUAGAACUUUUUUUUCUUCAAUUAUCAGUGAUCUCACUGAGAGAAUUAUUUCUGUGUGGAUAUUUUUUGUUUGUUUGUUUUACAAAUUAAAUCAUGUCGAUUACAUUAGCAACUUUAUGGGAAACGACUCCGUAAAGGCUCAUUUACAGUUUGUGUGCAUGAGUUUUUUUCUUUAAUAGAGAAAUUGCAGGAUAUUGUGAUUUUCUUAGAGAAUAGGUCUGUUCCUAAUGGAUGAUAUUCAUUUCUCUGCCUGAAUCCUGUCUGUUUUGAACAGACCUGUUGAAUUCAUUUAAAUGAAGAGCAAAUUAACUCAUUUUGAAUCUUAUAACACUGUUAUGGCUUUGUUUGUUUUUUUGGUUACUGUUUUAUUCCUAACUUUUUGGGAAAUGUAAUGGCUUUUUUAUGAUUACUUCCAAGUUGUCUUGUAAAAUCUCUUAAAUUAAGGUACAGGCUCAAUUUCAACAAGGAAAGGUUUUAUAUAUAAAUAUAUAUUAUACUCCAUUAAGGAAUGUUUAGAACCAUCUUACUCCAAUGUGGAUGUAGCCAUUAUUACGCCAUUUAAUGACUUUGUAAAAGAAUUCACUGUGUGAAAAUUGGUUUGCAUUUUUGUAUAAUACAAUCUGCUUUUUUGUUUUAAAGGAUAGGGAGGUAAAACUGGAUGUUAGAGAAUGAGAUAAAAAAAAUAAUAAUUUAACUGAAACCUGUGAUAUGGAGAAGAAAAUGUAACUUGUACAAUGCUUCUAAAUGAGAGGGAUGGAAUAAACAAUAUUGGUAACACUGCUAUAAA